AUGGAGAGACACAUCGUUGAGUUUGAGGCCACAGUCGUUCUAGCCACAGUCACAACAAUGUCGCAGCUAGCAGAGCGCAUCCUCGAAGCUGGGAAGACGCACCCUUCUGUGCGGCUGCUCUUGUUCUCCGGCGAGGCGUUUUACGACGACCAAGCGGGACUUCUAAAGGCAGCCUUCCCCAACGCAACCAUCCGAUCCGUCGUUUACGGCUCCAUGGACUGCGGAAUCAUUGGUCUACCGCCAAAGCCCGAGGACUACAACAACGACCCUCGUCUUCACCAAGUCAACAGCCCCAACAUCAUCGUGGAGAUCGUCAACGACGACGGCGAGGUCACGACGACCCCCGGCGAGGCGGGCAGCUUGGUCGUCACGAACGUGGAGCGCCGUCUGAUGCCCAUUAUCCGCUACCCGUCCGGCGAUCGAGCCGCGUGGGUUGAUCCAGCGCUUGGUCUUUUCCGCGUCCUUGACAGGGACCGCACGGCCAUCCGCCUCGGCCCCGUCUCCAUCGACUUUGUGGACCUGAGACGCAUCGUCUCGACGGUUCUCAAAGACAGACCGGUGGGCAAGAUCCAAGCCGUCGUCACGCGCGAAGACAGGAAGGACCUUCUCACUUUGAACGUCGCGUACAAGCCGACCACAGACGAGGAGAGUUCGCAGUUGCAGGCAGGGCUGAGAGGAGAGCUCGGGGUGGUGCGGCCGAUGUUUCGGGAACACGUCGAGAAGGAUUUAGUCAACGAGCUGCAGGUAAACUUUGUCACCAUGCAGGAACUCGCUGUCAAUCCUAGGAGUGGAAAGAUCGCCGAGGUGCUUGACCUUAGGUCAACUACAGUGUAA